AUGGCUGCUCGAACAUUGGACAGAAUGCGCAAGGCUCAGUCCCUCCUUCGCGAAUGCCAUGACUGGCUUGUGGAAAACAACGAGAUGCUGCUAGCAGUAGAGAUGUGCCAGAUAGAAGGCAGCCUCGCACUUCUCUUCGAGAAAAGAUGUUUUGAAACUUCGCCAUGUCCUGGACUCCAAGAGGAGGAUCUUCCCCGCCUUCCCCCCUUUAAUGGCUACAGGCGCGGCACCCGCCGUGGAUCCUACAACGGCCACCGCAGGGCUCAUUUAGCCAACAGGGGCGGGAUGGAAGUUUCCACAGGUCGCGCCGGCGGCGGACAAAAUGUCCGCGCUCAGACAACAAGUACCUAUAAGAGUAUUUUGACCAAGUCGAACUGCCCUGAUGCUGGUCCCAAGGCGCCUCGAGCUCGAUCUGCCGUGACAGGAGCAUCGCCACCUAGAGGGGUGCUCUUGGAUUUCAACGACGACGUGGAAUUCGUCCAACUGCCACCAAGUAUGCUAGCCAACAUGAAAACAGCACAGACAGCCGUUCUCGAAACAAAAGGAAAUGAGAGCUCAUCGGGGUGGUUAGUUGGCUACAGCAGCGAUAAGCCAGCUCCGGGGGUCGAGGUCCGGCUGGACGGUGACGAUAAAUCCUUAUCCCAGACCAUUGCUCAUACGGCCCAUGCUGCCCCAGCAGAUCCAGAUACCCCUGUCGGCAGCUACUGUCCUCCCCCAGCGGUUGAAGGUGUUAUCCCAGUCUCAUCCCGACCAUAUCUGCCAGGUUCGCCCGCAUGCGACUCCAAGAAUUGUAAGGAGCCCCCUGUGUCGACCACCACAGGAGGUGUCACCGAAGGCAUGUUGAUUGAUCUUGAUGACGACCUUGCCGUCAUCCUUCCAGCUGGAACUGACGCCGGCACCGACAGCACUAUUCAUCCAGAAGAAAAGGAAGUUCUUGCAGCAGACCUUGAUUCCCGAGUUGAGCACAAUCAUCAACCAGAGGAUUUGGACGAAGAUGAAAUUGUUUUCCAGGGAAACGCAGCAAAGAUCCUUGGUCCGGAUUUCAAAGCCUUGUUUGUCAGUUCAGACGAUGACUCUCAAACUGCUCGUCGCCCUAUUGAUCUCAAAGCGAUUUUUGAGAAAUAUUCUGAGGUUGUCAUCUGUAGAUGA